CUGCAUUUCCUGCGUCUUCCUCCUCCGUUUUUACUUCACCAACGAUCGCCAUUAUUGGCUUGGCUUUCACUGUUUCAUGAGGUGUGGUGAGACGUUUUGUUUGAGAAGCAACGAGACCGAUAAUAGGUGUUAUCGAUAAUGGCAGAUGCUCCAGGAAGAGCGAGGGGGCGAGCCCGAGGUCGGGCUAAACCUCCAACCCAAGGUCCCCAAGGACCUCCCAGACCAGCACAAGGACCUGGUCCUUCUCGGCCAGGCCCACCUCCAUCUACUGUAGGACCUCCUCCUGGCAUGGCUCACAAACCAGCCCCAACAGCUUCUGGACGAGCAACACAUAGAGGAGCUGGCCGUCAACUUGAGGAAACUGCAGGUCUUUCUCACAAAAUGGCCCAGAUGUCAGUAGGAUCUGGAGGUGGAAAUGGGAGUGGUGGUUCAUCUGGGGGUAAUGGUGGUGCCCCUGUUGGACGAGGAAAUAUGCGUGGCAAACGGCAGAUUGCUGUAACUGUCACAACUCGUGCUGAUACUUUGAAGUCUAAGAAAGGUCAUACUGGUAGGCCAGUUAUCAUACAAGCAAAUUAUUUCUCACUUGUUGAGAAAACAGAUUGGUGUUUGUAUCAGUACAGAGUGGAUUUCGAUCCUUCCAUUGAUCUAACUUGGGAGCGGAAAAAACUUCUUCGAGACCAAAAGAACAAUAUCAAAUGUGAAUACAUCUUCGAUGGAACUGUAUUGUAUUGCAGUUGUCUCUUGGACCCAGACCCAAUGGAGGUCUUCUCUGCCAGAGAGAGCGAUAGCUCUCAAAUUCGUAUCACCAUCCGUAGAGUAGGGGAGAUGACUCUUGGUGACCACCAUUAUCUCCAAUUCUUUAACAUCUUAACUAGGAAGUGUCUGACACUACUUGACUUACAGAUUAUUAAUCGUGAUUAUUACGACCCAAAAGCAAAGGUUGUGGUUGAAGAAUAUCACCUUGAGCUGUGGCCGGGAUAUAAAACGACAAUUAGACAACAUGAAAAUCAAGUUCUCAUGUUAGCAGAAAUAGCACAUAAGGUCAUGAGGACGGACAGUUGUUAUCACUUGCUUUGUGAUAUCACUAGGCGGAACACCGGUGAUUUCAAGACUGAAUUCAACAAAGCAGUGAUUGGGUGUGUAGUUUUAACAGACUACAACAACAAGACUUACACAAUUUCUGAUGUCAAUUGGGGGGAGACUCCUUCCUGUACUUUUGACAGAAAUGGUACGAAAACUUCGUACAUUGACUAUUACAAAGAGAGAUACAAUAUCAGGAUCUCUCAUGCCAAUCAACCACUGCUUGUAUCCCGAAGUAAAGCAAGGGAAAGAAAAGCGUUUGAAGCGGGAGCAGUUGCUCAGGCAGGAGCCGGUGAUCCAAACCUCAUCCUCCUGAUACCUGAACUUUGCCGGAUGACUGGCCUCACCGAUGAGAUGAGGUCAAAUUUUACUUUGAUGCGUGCGCUAUCCACGCACACCAGAAUAGGGCCAAAAGAGAGAAUUGAUCGGCUGCGUAUCAUGAAUCAACGAUUAAACGGGGAAGUGAGAGUGAAAAAGGAGUUCAAGGAUUGGAACCUUAAGCUUUCAGACAAAUUGGUUGAGGUGCCAGCCAGACAAUUAGAAAUGGAGAAAAUCUUGUUGGGUGGGAAUAGGAUUGUCGAUGCUGGAGAAGAGUGUGAUUGGACCAGGCACUUAAGGUCCAGCCCCAUGCUCUCGAUGCCUGAUGAUGGUCUCAAACGAUGGGUGAUCAUAUUCCCCAGUAAGGUUGGUAGAGAUGCAGAGGCUUUUGUUUCCUCACUUCUUAAAGCAGGACAAGGCAUGGCUUUCCGUAUAUCCGAACCAGAAUAUUUGGAUAUUAGAGACGACAGGACUCAGUACUACAUUGAGAGUUUGGACCAAGCGAUAUCUCAAUUAAAUCCUCAACUGAUUCUUGUGGUUCUUCUGAACCAAAAAGCUGACCGGUACUCAGCGAUCAAGAAGAAAACUCUUGUUGACAGAGCAGUGCCGACUCAAGUGGUUUUGGCCAAGAACUUAAAUAAGAAAAGUGUAAUGUCCAUAGCCACAAAGGUGGCAAUUCAAAUGAAUUGCAAGAUUGGAGGAGCACCUUGGUCAGUAACGAUGCCUCUUAAUGGUCUCAUGGUUGUGGGGUUCGAUGUCUGCCAUGACGCAAAAUCCAAGGGGAAGUCUUGUGGGGCCAUGGUAGCUUCUCUGAACAAGGCUAUGACCCGUUACUUCAGCGCUGUCUCUAAUCACCCAGUAGGAGAGGAGCUGUCAAAUGAUUUGGCCUUGAAUGUAGUCAAGGCACUUCAUUGUUACAAAAAAUAUAACAAUACCCUUCCAUCACACAUUAUUAUCUACAGAGAUGGUGUUGGAGAUGGACAAAUCCCGUAUGUGUUCUCGCAUGAAGUGCAGCAUGUAGCGAGAGCAGUACAUGAAAUUUAUGGAGGGCCUGUUAAGUUGGCAGUGGUCCUUGUCACGAAGAAAAUUAAUACAAGACUUUUUCACAAUGCACAAAAUCCAAGGCCUGGAACAAUCGUCGAUGACGUCAUAACAUUACCUGAACGGUACGACUUUUUCAUUGUGUCGCAGUUUGUUAACCAGGGCACUGUGAGCCCUACCAGCUAUAAUGUUAUACACGACACAAUAGGAUUGGAUCCUGACAAACUGCAACGAUUGACCUACAAAAUGACGCAUUUGUACUUUAAUUGGAGUGGAACGGUCAGAGUCCCUGCUCCAGUGCAAUACGCACAUAAGCUGGCGUUCUUGGUGAGCCAGUCCCUCCACCGACCACCAAACUCUAGUCUGCAAGAACUUCUUUACUUCCUAUAAAAUGUGGUUUGUGAAAACCCGCAUUGAAAGUGAACAUGUGACUGAAAGUGCCUUAAGAAAACGAAUUUAUUUUUUCAAGAAACUGUGGAGUAGCAGUAACUUUUAUUUUCUGUCCUGUUUUUAGAAGUAGUAGGAGAUAUAUCUUAAGGUAUUAAUGUUCCUUUUGAAUUUCUUUUUUGUUGUAAGGUCUUUUUGCAAGAUACAAACUCUUGGCAUAUACAUUCUUUUUAAUUGUACUCCAAAACCAAUUGUUUGUGAAAUUAAAAUUGUUUUUGAAUGUUACAUGUAAUAUUAUAUCUGUACUUAGUUAAGUUUGCCCCCUUAAAAAAUAUAAAUUCUUGAGUUUUCUUAGUUCAUUCAUUUAUAUUCAGCAUUGAUUUUAAGUUGGAAGAGAGCAGUUAUGUUUUAAUGUUUAUAUAAGGUAUUUGUUUAGACUUACGUUUACUGUCAACUUCAUUCCAUUUAACUUUUGUUUAUAUAUCUACUAUGUAAAAUAUUGUACUACUGUGUAUAGUGUAAAUAUGUUUUUUGUUACAUUCUUACAGAAUACCAGAUUAAAAAAAUACUUUUUCA